GGCUAGGCAAGCACAGCACGCAGAGCAGCGGAAGCAGCGGUGACAGCAGGUGCCGGCAGCUGGCUCGGUGCUCCUCUUAGCUGCCCACCAUGGUCAGGGGGCUGCCCAGCACUGCCAGCCUGGCGCGCUUCUGCCAGAAGCUGAACCGACUGAAGCCACUGGAGGAGUCCACCAUGGAGACAUCACUGCAGCGCUGCCUGUCCACACUGGACCUGACCCUGCUGGGCGUGGGUGGCAUGGUGGGUUCAGGCCUCUAUGUGCUCACAGGCACGGUGGCAAAGCAGAUGGCUGGCCCUGCAGUGCUCUUGUCCUUCGCCGUGGCUGCUGUGGCCUCUUUUCUGUCAGCCCUGUGCUAUGCAGAGUUUGGGGCACGGCUGCCGCGUACAGGCUCUGCCUACCUGUUCACCUAUGUGUCCAUGGGUGAGCUGUGGGCCUUCCUCAUCGGCUGGAAUGUUCUCCUUGAGUACCUCAUUGGCGGUGCAGCUGUGGCCCGUGCCUGGAGUGGCUACCUGGAUGCCAUGUUCAACCACCGCAUCCACAACUUUACCGAGGCCUAUGUUGGAACCUGGCAGGUGCCCUUGAUGGCCAACUACCCAGACUUCCUGGCUGCUGGCAUUAUAAUUUUGGCCUCUGUCUUCAUCUCCUGCGGAGCUCGAGUUUCCUCCUGGAUCAACCAUACCUUCUCUGUUGUCAGCCUCCUCAUCAUCCUCUUUGUCAUCAUCUUGGGAUUUAUCCUGGCCCGCCCGCACAACUGGAGUGCUGAGGAGGGUGGCUUUGCGCCUUUUGGCUUCUCCGGCAUCAUGGCUGGCACCGCCACCUGCUUCUAUGCCUUUGUGGGCUUUGAUGUCAUUGCUGCCUCCAGCGAGGAGGCCAGGAACCCGAAGCAAGCUGUGCCUAUAGCCAUUAUCAUCUCACUUGGUCUGGCAGCUGGCGCCUACAUUCUCGUCUCCACCGUGCUCACCCUUAUGGUGCCUUGGCACAGCCUGGACCCUGACUCCGCACUCGCUGAUGCAUUUUACCGGCGGGGAUAUAGCUGGGCUGGCUUCAUUGUGGCGGCUGGCUCCAUCUGCGCCAUGAACACUGUCCUGCUCAGCAGCCUCUUCUCCCUGCCACGCAUCGUCUAUGCCAUGGCCGUCGAUGGGCUCUUCUUCCAGGUGUUUGCCCAAGUGCACCCCCGGACGCAGGUGCCCAUGGUGGGCAUCCUUGUGUUUGGGGGCCUCAUGACUUUCCUGGCACUGCUGCUGGAUCUGGAGGCACUGGUCCAGUUCCUGUCCAUUGGCACACUGCUGGCCUACACCUUCGUGGCCACCAGCAUUAUUGUGCUACGCUUCCAGAGGGCCCCUCCAUCCAGUGCCUCAGGCCCAGCCAGCCCUGACCCCAGGGUCAAAGACUACCAUUCUUUCUCAGACCACAUACAGCUGGUGGGCACUGAGCAGGCCUCAGCCCCUGAACCUGGGCAGCUGCGGCCUGCCCUAAGGCCCUACCUGGGCUUUCUAGGUAGGUACAGCCCUGGAGCUGCUGUGGCUUGGGCCCUUGGCAUGCUGGUGGCCUCGGCCAUCACCCUGGCCUGUGUACUGGUCUUCGGGGUCUCAGUCCUGCACCUCCCAUACUGGGGCUACAUCCUGCUGCUCCUGCUCAGCUCCAUCAUGUUUCUGCUCAGCCUCCUCGUCCUGGGGGCCCACCAGCAACGGCGCCAACAAGACACCUUCCAGAUCCCCAUGGUGCCCCUGACUCCGGCCUUGAGCAUCCUCCUCAACAUUUGCCUCAUGCUGAAGCUAAGUUACUUGACUUGGCUGCGCUUCUCCAUCUGGUUGCUGAUCGGGCUCAUGGUGUAUUUUGGCUACGGCAUCUGGCACAGCAAAGAGAACCAGCAGGCACUGCCAGAGCUGACCACCACACGCUACGUGGUGUUCCCUAGCACCAACCUGGAGGAGACGGUACAGACUGUGCAGCCCCCCAGUCAACUGCCCUCCCAGGAUCCCAGCCCCAUGGAGCAGCCCACCAGUCCAUGAAUGGAACUGGAGGCCUGCCCAUGCUUGCUCUACCCUCAGCCCACCCCCUCAGGAGCCCAAGGGAGCUGGGAGUCCCUUCUAUCUGAGCCAGCUCAGGUUUGCUGGCCUGCCCAUGCUGAGGGGUAACCUAGACCUCAAAGCCUUAGCCCAAGUGCCUAGUUUUGGGUUUUGGGGAGUGGGCCAUGGCCAGUGCUGGUGUGGUGAACAUUUUGUCCAGUGCCUUCCUGUUCAUGAACAACUCUGGUUACUUGGGCAGGUGGGGUGGGCUAGAGUGGGCAGGGAAGAAGCCCACAACCCCAGAUAUCCAUAAUAAUAAACUCUUGGUCAGCCACUGGC